AUGACAUUGGUUCAAGCCUCCAAAAGCGUUGUUUCUUAUGUUAGAGAAUUAAAACCGCGUAAAGAUACAUCGCGUAUUGAAGUUAAGAUUAUCCGCUUGUGGAGAAACUAUAACAAAGAAUCAGGAAACACCAUUGAAAUGGGGAAAAUAAUUCAUGCUUCAGUUAGUGAACAGCUGAUCAAAAAGUACGAAGACAAGCUACAUGAGGGAGAUGCGAUUGUCCUUUAG